UCUCUCUUUCUCUCUCUCAUGCUCGCUCUUCCCCCCACCCCCAGUCUAUGCUGAUUGGCUGGUGGGAUCAUUCCCGGGAGUAACUGACGCGCUUGAUCUACCUAACUCUGUCCGCCAAGCCUCCACUUCAGCGGAUGGAGAGCUGGAGAGGGGAGUCCUGGCUCCACUGAGCAGUGCUGGGAGCUGGGUCUGGUCCCUGCAGCAGGCAAGCCCUAGAGACCAGAUGAGAGAGUCUGACCAGGCAGAUGUGGCAGUGCUGGAGGAAGGCAGAAAAGUCCCACCACCUCUGGAGCAGCAGAAGAGGUGAGGGCAGCAGACACCUCUGGAGAAGUGUGACAAGCAAUUCCAGCCUCUUAAGGACUGAAACCACAUGGAGAUUUCAUUGGGAAAUUUUUUUUAAAGGGGAAGAAACAAUAUGACACAUUCUCCUGGUGUGUGGAGGAACAUAUAAAUCCCAUUGACGUCUGAUCCAGUGGGAGAUCGCCCCAUCCUUCCUUUGCCAUGGACUCUCCUGCUUUCACCUCCCCCACUCCUGUGGCUUCGGAGGAGGGGAACAUCUCCACCAGCUGGGCAAGUUCCAUCCUGGGGAACCUAUCCACAACUGCCAGCCCAGGCAUGGAUGUCAGUGGAGUCCUCAUCCCCCUGGUCUACCUCAUUGUCUGCGUGGUUGGGCUGGUUGGGAACUCCCUGGUCAUCUACGUGGUCCUGCGCCACUCGGUGAGCGAAUCGGUGACCAAUGUCUAUAUCCUCAACCUGGCGCUGGCAGAUGAGCUGUUCAUGCUGGGGCUGCCCUUCCUGGCUGCACAGAACGCACUCUCCUACUGGCCCUUCGGCUCCUUCAUGUGCCGCCUGGUGAUGGCCGUGGAUUCCAUAAACCAGUUCACCAGCAUCUUCUGCCUGACUGUGAUGAGCGUCGACCGCUACCUGGCUGUGGUGCACCCAGGGAAAUCGUCAAAGUGGCGGACGGCCCGCGUGGCCAAGGCUGUUAGCGCCACGGUGUGGGUGCUGUCGUCAGUGGUGGUGCUGCCAGUAGUGGUGUUCUCUAAUGUCCCCCUGGGAAUGAGCACCUGCCACAUCCAGUGGCCCGAGCCAGCCUCCAUGUGGAGAGCUGGCUUUAUCAUCUACACGGCCACCCUGGGCUUCUUUGGGCCUCUGCUGGUGAUCUGCCUCUGCUACCUGCUCAUCGUUGUCAAGGUCCGCUCUUCCGGCCGGAGGGUGCGGGCCCUUUCGUCCAAGCGCAAGCGGUCAGAGCGCAGGGUCACGCGCAUGGUGGUGGCUGUGGUGGCCGUCUUCGUGCUCUGCUGGCUUCCCUUCUACGUGCUCAACAUCGUCAAUGUGGUCUGCCCGUUGCCCAAUGAGCCAUCUCUCUUUGGGGUCUACUUCCUCGUCGUGGUGCUCCCCUAUGCCAACAGCUGCGCCAACCCCAUCAUCUAUGGCUUCCUCUCCUACCGGUUCAAGCAGGGCUUCCGCAGGGCCAUCCUGAGGCCAUCCCGCCGGGUGCAGAGCCAGGAUGUGGUGGCACGUCCCCCAGAGAAGACUGAAGAGGAGGAAGAGGAGGAGGAGGAAGCGGAGGACAGCGGGGUCAGCAAGAUUGCCCAGAAUGGCAAUGGUCGACAGGAGUGUGCCCUGACCAGUGGAGCUGCAGGAGGCAGUGAGCAGAAGCCGCUCCCAGAGGAUCCCGGGAGCUGUGAUAAACCCAAUGCACUGCACAUCAGUUAUUUGUAGUGAAUGGAAGGGGGAGGCGCUGUCCCACUAUCUCCUGGACACUACAGUCUGUAUCUAUGGGGGGUUGUGGACUGCAAGGCAGCCAGGUCCAAGGCUCCACUUGGAGAUGGGCGAGUUCGAGGAGUGUCUGGAAGGGCAGAGCACCUCCUGUGACUUCAGCAAUCCUGUGGGAAGGGCUGGGCGACAGUAUCUGGGUUGGGCUCGGAAGGGGAACUGGAUAAGGGCAGAGGGGGUGCAGAGAUGCAGAAAGGAGUCCAGCACUGAAUCUCCCUACAACCGACAAACAGUAUUAUGAGUGGUUGCUAAUUACUCUAGUGCCCUCGUCAGGUGCCCAAGCUGUCCCAGUGUCCAUGGGAACCAGACACUCUGGGGCAGGAUCAUGGGGACAUUUCCCCCCCGCCACCAACAAACACAUACAGCCUGCCCCUAGGGCUGUUCUCGCCACACCUCCAGCUGCUCUAGUGUCUCUUGGGGACAGCUCCCCACCUCCUGUGCCACCCGAUAUUAUCUCAACUGCAUGGAAUGCCCUGAUCCUUUAAAGGGUUCUCAUGUCCCACCUGCAGACUGGUCUCAUAGGGCUGGUUCAGGACAGUGGGACAGAGUAUGAGACACACCCUUCCUCACCUCUAAAUCCCAGGGUUUCAUGGUGGUAUUGGUGGGUACCUGGUGGGUGACUGAAGAAGACCAAAACACCAUGGGCUAGGGGCAGGGCUUUCUGCAAGCUGUAAU